UCAGUAAGAGGAGAAUCUCAUAUUUGAUAAAAUAAAUUAAUAAUAUCUGACCAAAUAAAUUAUUAAAUAAGAUGUGUUAAUUUUCAAGUGUAUUUAUGCUAGAAGAAGAAAAAAAGAUUGUCACUAAACAUGACAAUGUCUCUUCAAAUAUCAAUGAUGUUUCUUUUAGUAUUGUUUAUGAGUUGUUUUUCUAUUGGUAGAGCCAUAGAUUGUGGUGGUAAUCAAGUUGCAAACACCAUCAUUGUUGAUCAAGGAGGAAAAGGAGCAUUUAAAACAGUCCAAGCUGCCAUUGAUUCUGUAAAGAAUCCAAAUGAUCGAUGGGUUCUAAUUAAAAUAAAUCCUGGUGUAUACAAAGAAAAAGUUCUUAUACAUCCAAGAAAGCCAUGCAUUAUUCUAAAAGGAUCUGGUAGUGAUAGCACAAUCAUUACCUACAAUGAUGCAGCUAAUGAUAUUGGCACAUCUAAUAGUGCAACAUUUCAUUCUUCUCCACCUAAUGUAAUUUUGAGUGGCAUUUCAUUCAAGAACACACAUGGUACUGAAGGACCAGCAGUAGCAGCUUCAAUAUACGGUGAUAAGACUGCAGUUUUCGAAUGUAGUUUCACUGGUUAUCAAGAUACUUUACUUUCAUCAAAGCGGCGUCAGUAUUUUAAAAAUUGUUACGUUGAAGGUGAAGCAGACUUUAUUUUUGGAGAAGGUCAAUCUUAUUUCGAGAAUUGUAAGAUCAAUGCCACUCAAGCCCCAUCAAAACCUAUAGGUUUUGUCACGGCACAACGUAGAGAUUCACCAAAGAGUCCAAAUGGUUAUGUUUUUAAAGGAGGACGCAUCGAUGGAAAUGGUCAAGUGAAUCUUGGUAGACCUUGGGGUCCUUACUCAAGAGUCAUAUUUUGGGAAACAUAUUUUUCGUCAGUGGUAACUCCUCAAGGAUGGGAUCAAUGGAAUUUAACGACGAGUGGCGUGCAAAAUACUGUCUUUGCAGAAGUAAAUUGUACAGGACCAGGGGCCAAUACUGAGAAACGUGUUGGGUGGGAGAAGAAACCAAGUAGCUUAAACAUGAAUGAUUAUAGUUUGUCAACUUUCGUAAAUAAGGAUGGAUGGCUUGAUAAUUUACCAUCAAUAUAAUUGGAAUUUCUUAUCUUAAUGGUGGCAUUUAGCAUGAUUGCAUAUAAAAUUUCUACUAUGAUUCGAUUGUCUUUAUAAUCAUUAAUUUGUAGUAAUAAUGUUCGUUGAUUGAGAGUAA